AUGAACAAGCCCGACGCGAUCGAGAACAACGCUGGCCCAAGCACGAGCCUGAAUAUGGGCGGUGUAGAGGUUGUGACGGCCGCUCACAAUGGGAGCUCCAAUUCUGAAUACAACAAUGCCGCUACCAUCAACAAUGCGAGCAACGCAGUGCAUCGUACAACCGCCAAUGCUACACAUACAGCCGCCAACAAUGACGUCCGGACACUGGACAAUGUCAUGGUCGUUAACGAUGCCAACAGCUCGUGCAACCCAGAAGUCGCCAUCGUUGAGGUCGGCGACCCUAUAACUACGGGCGAUGCAGCCCCGGGUGACUCGCGCCCUAAUGGAACCCUUCCUCCCAGCACACAGACAACGUUAGAGGCCGGCUCACGCUCCGACACUCCAGAGAUGAUCGACCCCAGUCCCAUCAGCACUAGCGAUGCUCCUCCGGGAGAUAACCCCGCCACCACCCACCACAAUGCGACCAACCGCGCCCCCUAUCGCCCACAACGGCCAACCCGCCCCCCAUCCCCGUCGUCAGUCCAGCUCUUCGAUGCAAUUGACGAUGCCCUUGAAUCGUUAAGACCCGGCACGACAUUCGGUCUCGUACCUAAGACUGUGCGAGCUGGUACUCAAUCCACAACGACCAGCACACAACCCAGCGAGACUCAGACAUCAGCAACCACGCUAGUGUCGACACUGAGCGAACCCCCUGCAAACCGCUACAACUUCGCCACCGUUGGGAACCCGUGGCCCGGGCCCACCCAGGCUGGCUCAUGGUACAGGGUCGAGUUACCCCAGCCCAGCGCCGAGCUCCCACCAGCCGAGUUCCGCGACUCGAACUGGCAGCUCGGCGGCUGGAGGGGGUGGAGGCAGUGCGUCGCCAGGUCAAAGUUCACGACCUUCACGCGGCAGACGACGAUCACAGGGCAGGUUAUUGACUUGAUCCGUGCCGCUCGGGCGCGGGACGUCGACCCCGCCCUCAAUGAUGGCUACACUGCCCUCAAUGAUGGCUACACUGCCCUCAAUGAUGGCUACACUGUGGAUCUGAACGAGCAGCUGCAGGCCGAACGCACGGUGCUGCCCGAACACAUGUUUACUGCGAACAACCGCUGUCACCGGUGCCGAGAGCACGGGGGCGCUUGCCAUCUCUGGGAUGUCGUCUGCAUCCCGGAGAAGGGCAUGCUCCAGCAGCAGUGUUUGGAGUGCAAGGCCGCCAACGAGAGUUUCGUCUUCGACGAGGGGGCGAGGCUGCUCCUGACGGCUAAGGAGGUGAAAGAGCUCACUCCGACGUUGCAGCUGGACGAAGAAGAUCUUCGGCGCAAUCCAUAUGCUUAG